AGUCAUGGUAAUUGGUAACACAGCUUUCAAAUUCUGUUUUCAAAUAUGUAACGGAAGAAAUACUCGGUUGUUAGCUGUUGAGGCUGGUGUCGUAUCUCAAAAUAAAAAUAAUACAUAACAAAAGGAAUAUGGGUCGUGUUUAAAUAAGUAUUGAAAACAUAUAUCAAAAUGGAGCCUUCUAAGGAAGCAAUUGCUGUUCGUAUUACAAGAUUAAACCGACAAAUUAUAGGGAAAGUGACCAACGGAACUAAUAAGCUUGGUAAAAAAAUUGAUAGGGAAUCUUUGUUAGAUGCCUUAACUGUUUUGUAUGAUGAGUGUAACGAUGACCCUGUUAAAAAAUGUGACGAACUUGUACGAACAUUCGUUGACAAAUAUCGCAGUGCUUUGGCCGAAUUGCGGAGGGCUCGGGUUUGCAUUUCUGACUUCGAAAUUAUACAACUUAUAGGUCGUGGGCAUUAUGGUGAAGUACAUAUGGUACGCGAAAAACAGACAGCUGAUGUAUAUGCAUUAAAAAGUGUCCGUAAAGAACAAGCAAGGAAGAGAGUUGUUGGUGCUGAAGAUGAAAGAGACAUUCUUGCAACUGCAUCCGGAAAUUGGAUACCAAAACUACAGUACGCUUUUCAGGACAGUAAUAACUUAUAUCUGGUAAUGGAACUAUGUAAUGGGGGUGACUUGGCUGGUCUCCUUUCACGUCAAAACCAUCCUCUGUCAGAACGUGAUGCAGCAUUUUAUAUAGCAGAAGUUGCUCAUGCACUAAAAGCUCUCCAUGGUAUGGGAUAUGUUCACAGAGACGUCAAGCCGCAGAAUAUUUUUUUAGACAGAUGUGGUCACGUGAAGCUUGGCGAUUUCGGUUCCUGUGCUCGUCUUUCGGAGGGCGGGUGUGUAGUCGGCGGCACAGCUGACUACGUCGCUCCCGAGUUAUUGUCCAGUGACUGCACAACCGCUCACACUGUGUGUCUCGAGUACUGCCGCCGGGUUAACACUGCCAUUUCAGCUUGUGAUUACUGGUCACUGGGUGUAGUCGCUUUCGAGCUGGUGACGCUGAAAAGACCAUUCUCGAACAGCGACAACGACACAAUGGCUCAGAUACUUAGUAACAUACAGAAGUAUGAGAGAGGUCCAAACUCCGAGCCGCCGUUUGAGCCGCCGCCUCACAGCCCCUCAUCGUCGUGGCGGUCAUUAGUGGCAGGACUCCUGCGUGUUCAGCCCGCCCGGCGGUUUAACUACCUCGACACACUGCAACACUCUGCGCUCUCUCACCUCGCGCUCCACGCUAUAAGAGAUCAGGCCCCACCUUGGGUUCCUCACCUCCGUGGUGCGGAAGACACCACCUAUCUACCGGCGCCUGAACGUGUUCCGUCGCCGCCUUCCGCCGCGCCCUUCAGAACACGUCCGCCUUUCGCUGGACAGCUACCUUUCGUUGGUUAUUCAUAUAUGGCACCAGAGGAGGAAGACAGUCACUCGGGUGGAUUCAGUACAUCGCACGAUUGCACGGCGAUAGAUCUCGCAACUUAUAAAUCGGCAGAGAAGUUAGCGUCGUUGCGAGGUCGCGAAAUAGCUUCCCUGCAGAACAAGCUGGUGGCUGCGGAAGCAGCGGCAGAGGCAGCGGCGAGCGAGGCGGCCGAGCGAGCCAGGAGACUAGCUGAUGAAGACCACGAGAGACUGCGGGCGGCGCUACAAGCUGAUAUAACCUCGCUAACAUUACAUAACAAACGUUUAGAACGUCAGAUAGAAGUUGAGAAAGAAGAACGGAGGGCUCUCCAGAGGUCCAAUCAAGAACUAACUGAUUGUAUCAAUCAAAGAAGUAAGUCAGAGCUUAAGGCUGUACAGGCGCAGGCUUCAGAACUUCAAACAGAAAGGGAUUCUCUGAAGGAGGAUCUCGCAAGGUUGGAAGCUCGUGUCAGAGAACUGCAAAUAGAAUGUAACAAUGCUUUGGCUGAGGCAGACAGCGCUCGAGCGCAACAUAAACAUUACAAGGAUAUCGUACAUCACGUGCAUGAAUUACGCCAUAGAUGGCUCACUGAAAUUAAUGUGAAGCCUAUCGAUACCAUAGCUCAGGAGCGAGCUCUUCGUCGUCAGACUGUAUGUGGUAGCGAGGCAGCGGCGGAGGGGGCGGCGAGAGAGGCUCGUGCUAGGAAACACGCCGAGGAACAACUGGCCAAGUCUGAAGAACAACUACAGCGGCUUAGAAAGGAUUUAGACGCGGCUAACGAACAGGCUGAUAAAGCACAGGAGUUACUACGUGAUAAGGAGCGCAUAAUCACAACUGCUAAUGAUCAGAUCAUUGACUUACAGACACAGCUCGCUCAAGAGCGAGUGCGGGCUGCUACGCUCGCAGCUCAAGUACAGGCCGCGGAGCGUAGUGUUAGCGAGGCUGUAGCUCGCGAGGCAGCGCUUGAGGAGCAGAGUGAACGUACACAAGCAAGAUUGCUGCAGCGACUGGAGGCAGCAGACAGUCGUCUUGCCGCCGCACUUCACGACCACGGCCGACAUGCUGAGAAGGUCACUACUUUGGAGCAGUUGGUAAGGCAAUUGGAACGCGAAGUAAGCGCCCUAGAGAAUCGCUCGUGUCCGCGGUGCGUGGAAAACGAAGCAAAGAAAGUACAAGUGACCAGUGGAACAAACACCGAAGACAGUGAAGACGCGCUGGAAAAUAGAGACAAUAGGAGUGAGACUGAGAGCUAUGGGGAUGCAACUGCCCAUGCUCAGGUGUCGCUUCUAAAGGAACAACUAGAACGUGCCGAGGCUCAACUACUGACUCGCGGCGAGGAAAUUGCAGCUUUGCGUCAAGAAGCUAGAACAGCCAAUUUAGCGAGAUGGAGGAAGGAGAAGGAAUUUAACGACUUGUCGAUUGAUGCCAAAGUGACAGCGAGGGAUUUAAAACGUAACGAAGAGCGUUUACAGUCGGCACUAGAAGCUCGAAGGUCUGCGGAAGACAAGGCCGCGCUGGUGCAUAAAGAAAUUACUACCCUAAAACCUCAACUGGAACUGUUGAAGAAAGACGUCGAUCGAUACAAAGAACUGGCUGAGAAAUUACAGAAGAGUAAUGAAGUGUUGCAGGUGGAAGUGGACAGAUCUAGAAACGACAUCCGCAAAUUAAAGAGCGAGCUGCAGUACAGUGAGCAGCGUAGACUGCACGCGGAGCAUCACGAGCAGGAGGCGACCAGUGAGAGAGACAGACUGAGGUCGGAGCGGGCGCCCCUCGUGGAAGAAAGAGACGGAUUGAUGCAGAACAAUAAAGCGUUACAAGAAGCCUGUACAUUAUUGGAAGAACAGCUAACUGACCUCGAGAAACUGGCGGAUCUACAUGAACUCAAAAAUAAGGAGCUCGAGAUGGAACUGUCUCGUGUGCGGAGCGAGUUGGAGAGCACACGGACGCGUGCUGUUGAGGCAGAGCGGAACGCUGCUGAACAAACGGCCAUCGCUCACAAGGAGAGGAGUGAGGGGGAACAUGCCAGGGAACAACUGCGACUAGCUAACGACCAGCUUAACAUACUCAGGGAGCGUCUCGCAAACCGUGAGGACUUAGUAUCAGAGUUGGAAGCUAGAGUGAGUGAGUUAGAGGGUGAGGCUGGGGCGAGGGAUGCGGCGAUGGGUGGAGCUGCGAGGAGGAUGCGAGCUCUACAGGAGGAGGCGGCCGCGUUGAGGACCAAGGCACACGCUCACCACGCAGCGGCCGUCAAACUUCAAGCGGAGCUAGCAGCCGCUCAGGAAGAGACAAGUGCAGCCCACGAGGCCCACGCGGCGGCCGCGGCCUGGUGGAGGACCCGGGAGACGAAGGCGGACGCCACUAUGAGACAACAGGCCAAACUCAUCGACUUCUUACAGGCUAAAGUGGAGGAAGCGGGCAGAAAGAAAUGUUCGUUGGGUAACAAGUUGUUCGGACGUUCUGGUCGGCGUACUGCAGCCUCACCGCCUCUACUACGCGUCAACAGAGAGCUGCGUGAAGAAGUUGAGCGACUGAGAGCCAAGCUAGCAGCAGCAACGUCCACUGAUGCCCACUUUCCUCCUACACCAAGAAGAGAUAGGAAGAUCGAUAGACCAAAGAAGUUUGCGAAUGGAUACCUCGACAACGACGCGUCGGAUCCAGAUUCGGUACUAGUCAUCUGGGCUGACGGUAACAGGGAGCAUAUGAACGCUCGAUGCGAGGCGUCACUUAUAGUUUUGAAGAGAAACGAUCAGACACUAAGAGGUCGACUGUGUCCCGACCGCUCUCUCAUACACCUACCGCAUAAUGAAGCCAAUCGUGCUUUUGGGAUAAAGCUAGAAAAAUCAGACGGUGGCAUGGAAGCCAUAGUGGUUUGCCCGAGUAUAGCAAGUAAAUGUGACUGGGUGUCGCGUCUGACGCCUGUCGUGCAGGGAGGAUUCCAACCAUUGACUCUCCUACAAACCAAAACAAACCCAACCACCGCUUUAUACUUCGCACCCGUCGCUUUAGCUAUAGGUUCCAGUGACGGCCUUCAUUCUCUGCGUGGUUCUGUGCGUGUGGAGUGGGAGGACUCAUCCCCACCCCGCGGUGUUCACUCCGUUGAACAUUUAUCCGUGGCCAAUACUCGUGUGUUGAUGGUCAGUGGAGGACGUUUGGUCCACGCGGGUCGUCUCGCUCUGGGCUCGGCCCUGCGACGCGCUGGAUCACUACAACCAAGCGUGGUGUUCGCCAGAGUUCAACUCAACGACAAUACGCCGCCACAUCUUGUUAAGAGUAUCGCCGACGCCACGGAAGGUCCUUGUGCAGCGGUGGCUUGCGGUCGUAGAGUCUAUUUACUUAAAUUCGACGCUACCAACACACAGUUUAAAACAUCACGCUCCUUAACUGUCGAUCGACCGCCGUCCUCCUUACUUAUUGCAAAUAAUGUUCUAUACAUCGCUGGAGAGAAACCAUUAAAAAUUAACCUACCCUCAGGAGCAUUGGAAUCUUUUGCCAUGGAUGAACCGAUAAUAUGCGCCGCUUUCAAAAAGCACUCGGCACCCAAAGCUAUCUUGCAAAUAUGCAGUAAACCUGUGGAACUUCUUCUGUGCUAUCCUGAGUGCGGUGUAUUUGUAGAUGAAAAUGGUAAGCGGACACGUAAUGAGGACCCCAAGUGGAGUUCUGCUGUGCAUGGAUGGGAAUAUGUAAACCCGUUCCUGUACUGUGUUGGCGAAGACAGAGUUACCAUAAUUUAUAUUAACGAAGAUACAUACAAAGCGCCUCCUUGUACGUGCGAUGCCACCUCAGUCGCGUCUUCCACCUCGGCUUCAGAAUACUACCAGCCAGAUAUCUUUAAUUAUAAAGUAAGGGAGCCCGCUAUAUUGGGAACGGCACCAAACGGUAUUAUUAUGAGGUACAAAAUUGAUGAUGACUACAACAUCAUUAUCUUAGAAGGUAAAGUAGCGUUUAGAAGUAUAGGUGCUUCAUUGGAUUCCCUAAACACAGCGUCAGAUGUAAAAGGAUCCUCUUUAGACUUGGCACAGUCUCUCACCGACCUGUCGCCUCAGGACGAAUCUCAGGAAAGUAUAGAAGUGACAACAGGAUUUCUUGCCGAUAUCAGAAAUAGAGCCAGACAGUUGAGAGAAAAGAAUCGUCAUCAAAAAUCGCCCGACGACGUCAUCAAAGAAAUAUUAACUACUGAAGUCGGUUUGAAAAGAACCACGAAUGGUAGGAAAUCUCCAGCGUUAACGUCUGAGUUCGAUUCAGAUUCAGAGACUGAGAGCGAAGAUCAAGGAACCGGCUCGACUCAGUGUACGGCCGAUGUCUGCGCCGAGAUGUUUACAAGACAGGUCCGCUUCCAGUAACAUAACGUUCGUCUUUAAAUAGUAACCCCGACCAAAACAUUUUGAUACAGUACCCGUUGUACUUAAUCUUUUUAUAUCUGAUAAUAAUAAUAAUAAUAAUUUUAUUUCUUAAGUACUGAUCGUGAGUAGUUAAACAAUUGUUUAUAUAUAAACUUUGUAUCGAAUUCUUAAUGUCAUAAAUAACGUAUUGCGAUAAUUUAUUUGAAGUGAAGUAUAGUUUGUAUGACUUUUAAUUUUGUUAUUGUGUAUAAAUUAUUUAUUUUAUUAAUAUUAUUGAUACGUAUAAUUAUAUACUUUUAGGUGUAUUUAUAAAUACUUAAGAUGGUUUUAGUAAGCAUUUUUUUAAAAUUUCAUCCUUUUUUAAGUUAUUAGUGAUUGGUAUUAUAUCGCUAUACAUAUUUAAAUCUAGCUUAAUUCUUGCUUGCCGCAAUGCUAGUUGGGUAUUAAUAUGCCAUUUUUCAGUGUUAAUAUUUUUUUUUAUCUUAACUUGUGUAUUAGUCAGCUUUUAGUGUUAAACCAUGCUUUCAAUUAUUGUUAUUUAGAACAUUGCUUUUCUUUAUACAUAACAUAUUUUUUAAACAUUGAUACAAUAAAUAUUACCAUUUCUGCGUA